AUGGGAACGCAGUCGUGCCUGCUGGGGCACUGCUGCGGCACCACGCCUGCGUUCACGGCAACAGGUUUAAGUUUCAUCCAACGAAGAGCAGUAGGCAGCGGCAGCUGGUUCGCAAGGCACCGAGCUGCUUCGCUCGACCUGCACGGUGAACAGCGGCGAUGUCGAAGACGCGGGGAACGUUACGCUGUACCACUUCAUGCAGCAGGUGACCGCCUGACACCGUUCAGAAGCACGCGCACCGAUCUCUCUUUGUAUCUCAUUGCAGACGUAGCCUAUGUUUCACAACUAGGGUCGAGGCAGUCACUAGAAGAGCUUACGGAGCGUGCGUUGGCCUCUGGGUGCGUGCGAGCGGUCCAGCUGCGAGAUAAGAGGAGCUCACUGCGCAAGACGCUGGAACUCGCCAAACGACUGCGUGCGGUUUGUGCUGCAGCGGGUGUUCCUUUUCUCAUGAACGAUCGGCUAGACCUGGCGCUUGCGGUGGACGCGGAUGGCUUGCACGUUGGCCAAGAAGAUAUGCCCUUGGAAUAUGUACAGAAGCUCGUGCCUGCUGACUGGAUCAUAGGCGCAUCUGCUGGCUCGUUGUCUGAAGUCACAGCUUUGAAACAAGCGAGUACCGCGGAACGCCCCAUACGGUUGGACUAUAUCGGCUGUGGCCCGGUAUUUGGCACACAGACAAAACUCGAUGCGGGUGCACCGAUUGGUAUCCGUGGACUGGCACACAUCGUGGAAGCGGUUGCACCACUCCCGGUGCUUGCUGUCGGAGGUAUUGGAAUCUCUAACGCUAGACAAUGUAUUUCCCAGGGUAAGGCCGCAGGUAUAGCGUGCAUAUCAGCUAUCCUGGGUGCUGAAGAUCCGCGACGUGCGGCCGAGGACCUCGAUGCUGAAAUACGCCGCGGACGUGACUUGCGAGUGCAUCCCGGGUUUUAA